AUGCAAUAAGCAAUCCCCAGUUUAACUCCUGAAAUCAAGCAAAGACUUGAAGAAUAGGGAUUUUAACCAUUCCAAUAUAGACCAUUACCUGGUUAUGCAAAUCCCCAUACUCUCUCAUAUUGGCUGACAAAUGCUGGCCUUGGUGUUCUUUGUCUAAUUGGAAGACAUUAUGCUUCCUAAUAAUAAUCAAUCAGAAUUUUAUGGUCUACAGCUGCUGUAGCAAUUCCUCUUUAUGCCAUAGGCACCAAUGCAAAAUUAGACGGCUUAAGAUAAAAUAAUUUUUACAGAAAAACUUUAGAAGAUAGACUUGAAUUACAUCCAUUGACUAGAAGAGCUUGGGAGAGAGCUAUAGAAACUAAUAAAGGAUAUUAAGAUUAAUUAAGGGAAUAAAUAGCUACUUUAGAGGCUGAAUUGAGAAAAUGAUAAAUCAAAGCAAAUAAAAUAUUAUUAUUAAUAAUAAUAUCUA